UUUUAUAAGCUUCGCCGUUUCUCAACCAAUCACUCUAGUCCAGCCGAUUCUUCAUCAAAAAAAUUUGUUCAAACUUUUUAUAAUUUUUUUUUCUCUAUUCAAACCCUAAAAGUUGUUUAAAGCCUCGAAGCUUUGAUUUUUUUUUUUUUUCCCCCUAUGUGAAUCUCGGUGCUUGCUUGAAAUUUCGAUUUCUUUGACCGUUGUCGUUUAACCGAUCUCUAAUCAGAGUUACAGAGGAUUUAUUGAAGUGCGUUUGUUUGUAAAGGCUUUUAUCUUGAAGACAUCGGGAUGUGCGAGCUCUCUUCAGGAUUGGAUGAGGGUUUUGCACUAACUCAAUCUAUUACAUUUCUCAUUAUUAGCCUUUUUGAAUCUGGUUGAUGAGAAUAGUUCAGAUGAAUAAUAAUGGUCCCAGGACCGAAGGGCUGAUGAAAAUAACACACCAUCUGCAAGAUGAGCACAAGGAAAUAAAGAAUGGGAGGAUUGUAGGUGAGGGCCAAGGUCUAUCAGAAGAUAAUGAGUCGCGGAUUAAUGAGGAUGCAGAGGAUGUUGAUGAUGGGCAGAUGGAAGCAGUCCAAGACAAGGUGCAAACCCAGGUUGUCAUGCAGAGCUCACAGCAACAGCACCAAAGGCCUCUGGUUCGCUGGGAGAGGUUUCUGCCUCUUAGGUCUCUUAAGGUUCUACUGGUGGAAAAUGAUGAUUCAACUAGGCAUGUUGUCAGCGCAUUGCUUCGAAAUUGUGGCUAUGAAGUUACAGCAGCAGAAAAUGGUCUACAAGCUUGGAAGAUCAUAGAAGAUUAUACCACUCAUGUUGAUCUAGUUUUGACUGAGGUAGUCAUGCCUUGUUUAUCAGGCAUUGGCCUUUUAAGCAAGAUAAUGAGCCACAAAACUUGCAAGAAUAUUCCUGUGAUUAUGAUGUCAUCUUACGAUUCCAUGAAUAUAGUCUUUAAAUGUCUGUCAAAGGGUGCGGUUGACUUUUUAGCAAAGCCGAUUCGAAAGAAUGAGCUAAAAAAUCUUUGGCAGCAUGUUUGGAGGAAAUGUCACAGCUGUAGUGGCAGUGGCAGUGGAAGUGAAAGUGCUGUACAUACACGAACUUCCACAAAGUUGAAAAGUGGUGAUGAGUUAGACAACAACACCGGCAGUAAUGAUGAAGAUGAUAAUAGAAGCAUUGGUUUGAAUCUUAGGGAUGGGAGUGAUGAUGGAAGUGGUACUCAGAGCUCUUGGACAAAAAGGGCAGUAGAAGUUGACAGCCCCCAACCAAUGUCACCAUGGGAACAGUUAGCCGAUGCUCCUGAUAGCACUUGUGCCCGGGUUAUUCAUUCAAGGCCAGAGGCAUUUGGCAACAACUGGGUGCCUGUGGAGCAUGAAGAGCAUGAUGAUGAGUUUGACUUGAAGAUCGGAGAACCAAGAAUUCCAAAUUUGCAGCUGGAAGACCCAAGUGCCAAGGGGUUGGCUAACUUAGCUGGCACUAAUGAAGACAAAAUUUCUGAAAUAGAUUCAAGGAAAGAUGAUGAGAAUCUGCUGAAAGGACAAGUGGAGCUCCACAGUGAGAAACUAAAUGGCGAAUUGGAGGACAAAGCCUCUGAUCUAAUGGGUCUAACCACUAAAAGGACUGAUCCUGAGAUGGAAAGUGUGGUCUUUAACGUCCCAAAUGGUACCUCCAAGGUAUCCAACAUGAAAGAUAAGGCCAUCUUUGACAUUAAGGAAACACCUUCCCUUGAGCUUUGUUUAAAGAGGCUGAAAGAUGUUGGAGAUACUGGCAACAGUGCUCCUGACCGAAAUGUUUUGAGACAUUCAGACCUUUCAGCCUUCUCAAGGUACACCUCUGCAACUACUAAUCACGCUCCAACGGGGAAUGUUGGUAGCUGUCCUCUUGGUAAGAGCUCAGAGGCAGCUAAAACUGAAUCAAAGCAAAAUUUUCAAUCUAGCUCAAAUAAUACACAACCCAAUCAAUGUUCCAAUGGCAGUAGUAACAACAAUGACAUGGGCUCCACUACUAAUAAUGUUUCCACCAAGCAACUGCCAUUUGAUGACAAGUCACUACCCAAAUCUGCGGUCAAAUGUCUCCAUCCCUCCUCUGCCUUCCAACCAGUGCAAAAUAGCCAUAUUCCUCACCCUCAGUCAAGAAUACAAGAUAAGAAAGAUGCUGCAAUGACUAACAUGAUUUUGGCACAAACAAGGGGUCUCAACCAGCAGGUCCAAGUGCAGCACCACCAUCAUCAUUACCACCAUCACCACCACCAUGUGCACAGCAUGGCCCAGCAGGAGCUGGAUAACCACGAUGAUCUGUCUAUGAAAAACAAUGCAGAUGCAGCUCCUCAAUGUGGAUCAUCAAAUUUGUUAAGUGUGUCCCUUGAAGGAAAUGCUGGCAGUCCCAGUUUGAAUGGAAGUGCCUCAGGAAGCAACCACGGGAGCAAUGGGCAGAAUGGAAGCACUGCCACUUUAAAUGCUUCAGGAACAAAUAUGGAAAGUGAUAAUGGGAUCACUGGAGAAGGGGAAGCAAGUGGUAUAAUCGGAUUUACAAGCAGAAGUGGAAUUGAUCCAGACCGUGUUGCACUAAGAGAGGCUGCUUUAAACAAAUUCCGCCAGAAGAGGAAAGAGAGAUGCUUUGAGAAAAAGGUCCGAUACCAGAGCAGGAAGAAACUGGCAGAACAGAGACCACGUGUUCGGGGGCAAUUUGUUCGACAGGUGGUGCACGAAAACAAAAGCAAGCAUACACAUUGCUAACCCGAUUUGUCCCUGAUAGUACGUAUAGAAUCUUGUACAUGUAAUAGGCACUAGCUGUGUUCAGGAGAGGAAGCAUUCAGAUUUCAUCUUGCUGGAUGUGGGCAUGUGGUGGAAAGUUACCAAUGUGGUGAUCAAAGAUCAAAUGGAUUGUGUGUGGGGACUCGACAGAAACACCCAAGACCUUAGACUCUGUUUUAUUGUUAUGCACUAGUGUGCUAGUAUUAGUAGUAGUACUACUACUACUCAAAAGGUGGUAAACCCUUGAAAGGGUAGACCUCCUCUAAAGAAACUCUUCAACUCGGUUUGCUAUUGUAUUUUAAGACUUUUUUACAUGAGUGGAUGCUUGAAGAAACUCUUAUUUUUAUGUAAACCUUCUUCGCUCUUAUUUUGAA